UUCAAAUCUGCCAUACAUUACAGAUGUUUUUGUUGUCAAAUCCAAAAUAAAAGACAAAAGAUAAAAUAAAUUUAAAAAACUAACAAUAGAAGGUAGUUUUAAAUAAUGUGAAGUUUUUUGCGUGAAGUUCUUUGUAUAUGGUGGAUCGCGUACUUGCGUUAACGGUGCACAUAAAUUUUCCGCCUGUAAAAUGGCAUUUUCGAUCCGAAAGAUCAUAUCGAACAUUACGUAUUUCAAAAAAACUGAGGAGACCUCUGAAAACUCUGAUAAUUUUAUGAAAAAGCGUCGCUACACCUACGUCGGUGACGAUCCUAUAGAUUUCGAAAAACUGGAGCCUGAUUCGACGUCCCGAUAUUCUAGCUUACAACUACCAGAUUCGGUUAAAAAAUACGCAGCGAAAAAGGGUUCUUUGUCCGAUACAGACAUACUAAACUUAUCAGACGCACCGAUACGUCAUAAGCGCCGUAAAUGCAAGAAACUCAAGAUAGAUAUCAAAAAAGCGAGCCAAUCUAUGCAGCAGCUGAGCGAUGUGAACAUAGAGAACACGCCCAAACAUGUCUUAUUGGAGUGCAAGUCAUCUGAAGCGUUCAGCGAACGGAUAAAGGGUUUCGACUUCAAUAAAUCCUUUGAUAUGUACGAUGAAGUCUCGGAUAUUGAGUCAUCAUUUGAAGAAGAAGAGUUGGAGAUAGAUUCCCUGUCCGAACACUCAGACAGCUCAUCAAAGUCUCCGGUAAGAAUGUGCAGGAAGAUAGAUAACCAGUCCACAAGCGAUGAGAAUAUACCAGUCCCAUCCACUACUCCAGAAUCGUUCGCUGAUGUUGAACUCGAUAAAAAUGAGGAGGAACGCGUGCGCUUACUCUUCAACUAUCAAAUGCGAUUCGAGAGAUUGGAAACCUUCCUGAAAAAACUGCUCACGGAGUUCCAGUUUCAUAUAGAAGUGUCAAAAAUAUUACACUCAAGGUCAAUAGUGUCCGCUCUCCCUGGCUCUGAUUUGAACAAUAUCCCCAAGAAGCUAGGCGAUGUGUAUGUUGAUGACAUGAACAGAGACAUUAAAAACUCAAGUCCGAAUGGCAUAUGGAAUGUGAUAAUGGAAAAAGAAGAUCACCAGACGAAGGCGAAAAUACGUAAACAGUUUCUCUCAAUGAAAAGCUCUAUAGACCAUUUUAUGCACAACUACUUGCACAGUGAGAGCACUAACAAGAAAUAUUUACUAUCAAAGAAGAAGGAAUCUCAAAAGCGUUUCCACAUCAGCCAUAAGAAGAAGCAAAAGCAUUUUGACUUCCCAGACUUGCGAGAUGCAAUGAUAAAUUUAUUCUCCGUUCAGGAUGACUCAAUAUCGAACUACAGUUUCGACGAAGGGUAUAAGUGCAUUUGUAAGUGCCACCAGUCGUCACCUACGCAAACAGAUUCGGGAUUAACCGCGAACCCUGAUCAUUCUACGUCAAUAACAUCUUCUAUUGGUAACUUUACGCUAGAUUCGACCACGCUCACUGCGUACUCCGAGUCGCUUGAUCAAAUAAUCAGCUACAACAGCUUCCAAGACUCUCUCUACAACACGUUUUUACAAAAAGCCACGAUCGAAAGAAUUACCUUUUACAUACAAGUGCACAGCAUUCAACUUAAGUGCGAACAAAACGAUGCUGACUUCGAAUCAAAGCAGUCAAUCACAUUCCAUUGUCCGUCAUGUAAGAAUACAGAAACUGAGGAAAAUGGCUUAUUAAAACACAUCUUGAGUCAGUCGCAUUGUGAAAAAAUCCACUUUUUAUACAAAACGGCAUAUAUAAAGAAAUGUGUGGCCGCUGGGAAGGAAAUACAGCCAAGUACAGUAUUAAACCCGAUGACAUUAUAUCGAGAUGAAAAUAAAAUUGUGUGUUUUGGAGAUGCAUUGUACGCUUGUUCGUUAUGUUUUGAGAAUUUGAUUGUCGGAGAAUCUGUGUUGAUGGCUCAUUGUGCUGAUCCGUAUCAUGUUGAAAGAAAAGAAAAGCUGUGCGAGAUGGAAUAAUUUAUUGUUUUAAGCAAAGGUGUGGUUUGUACAGGGCAAUUCUUUUUUGGGCAUUUGUUACUGUCUCUAUAUUUGUGCUUAAAUCAAAUUUUAAUUUUCAAACCAUUUUUAUUAAUUCAUAUGCCCAUUUUUACAAAAUUUUAUUGAUUUUUUUACAGCUAAAAAUAUUUUGAUUGUACGCAACAAAAAUGAUUAUUGAUUUUUUUUACAUAAUUUAUUUGAAUAGAUUAAAAAUCUUGCAUGUUAAAUUAAAUGACAUUAAUUAACAUCUAUAAAACUGAUUCUUAAUUUCUAAGGUGACUUGUGACUAGCUAUUUUCUUUCUUUUUUUUCGUUAUGCCUGACUAAUCCGAGAAUUUUUUUUCCAAACUACAUAUCGGAAUUUUACCACAGGGUCUAUAAAAAAUGACAUAUUGUUUUUUUUUUAACUAUAUUGCCAUUAUCAAAAUACUAACCAAAAAGUUCCUAGUUUUUUUAACUGUUUACAUGCAUUUUAGGUGAAAUUUGUAAAUACAAUAUUAUUUAAUUUUUACAAGCUCAAAUUUACAGGGUGUUCAAAACUGAAAUGUUAUUAAUGCUAAGAAAACUUAUGUUUGUAUACUUUAUCCUUUAUUAUUAAUUCUCUUCGCCUACUUAGUAUUUAAAGUUAAUGAUAAAGAAUAAUUAAUUAAAUAGAUACAUACAUAGUUUGAAAUGUUAAAAUAUCAAUUCUCCAAAAUUGAUCUCAAUCAUUAUGUACAGAGACUUUUUAAAGACUGAUUUUAUACUUACUUUUAUGUUUUCUAUGUAAAUCUUAAAUAAUUUUCCAUCUGUAUUUUAGCAAAUUAAUUAUUAUUAAAAAAGGAUGUAUUUUUU